UUGAAACAUUUUCAACUCACUAAUAAAAAGAAAAACUUUAUUAUUCUUUUAUCAUUUGCAACACCAAAAUUAAACAUCAGAUUAAGGUAGUCUUCAAACCCCUCUCUAAAAUGGCAAAAUCAUCAGAAGCAAUGCCUCUUAAAGAACUAAACACAACUACACUCGGUUGCGAAUCACCGCCUUCUCCGAAACUUCACCAAAAAAUUGAGGAUAGACAAAAUUCUGCAAAGAAAAAUGAAGACACCCAGAACUCAAUGCAAAAAGCUGAAGAUGUACAAAACUUAAGAAAUUAUACUGAUGAUAGUUGCAAGUGCAAAGUUUCAACGGGUUUAGGCACACCGGAUCGCCUUAAACUCCCGAAACCAUUCAAGUAUCCUGAAAGGUAUACGAGUCCUACAGACAAUAUAUUAUCUCCAAUAUCUAAAGGACUUCUUGCUCGAAAAAGCCGAAGAGGCGGCGCACUCUUGCCACCCUCCAUUAUUCAGUCUAAGAUUCAAGAAUUGCGAUCUCCAGAUGUAGAGCAGUGUCAAUUGAACAUGAAACAAUAAUUUAUCGAGUAACAAAGGAGCACUCUGCUGUUCGAGUUUGGGGCCUGUCGACAACAUUACUUGUAUAAGCAUUAUUGUAAUUUUAUAUUAAAUCUAUUCAUAAGAAUUUGUUGUUUAAUAUUGUAGUAACAUUUUACCAAUAAAUUACAUGGAAUUACCAA